CCGCUCCGUACUCUCGCCCGUCACUGCCAUCAACAGCCUCAGACACACCUUCAUUUUCGUCUCCCAUAUCACUUGUUACCAAGUCGUUUAACCCUCAAGUACUCAUCAAUGACUGAAGGAAGCAACUAUGACUAUCUUUUCAAAGUUGUCCUCAUUGGAGACUCUGGCGUCGGCAAAUCCAACCUGCUUUCGCGAUUCACCCGCAAUGAAUUCAACCUGGAAUCAAAGUCCACGAUUGGUGUAGAAUUUGCAACAAGGUCGAUAAAUGUUGAUGGUAAAACGGUGAAAGCUCAGAUUUGGGACACUGGUGAGCCGUCCUAUCCUAUCGCUGUUCACCCCUCUACCUUGACUCUUCGUUACCUUUCUUUGUCCGUCAUGGCGAAUUUUCCACUGACUCGGCCGUUUGUACUUCUAGCUGGACAAGAGCGUUACCGGGCAAUCACAUCUGCGUAUUACCGAGGAGCUGUUGGUGCACUACUCGUUUAUGAUAUUGCAAAGCAUGCAACAUACGUCAAUGUUACUCGGUGGUUGAAGGAACUUCGGGAUCAUGCCGACUCGAAUAUCGUCAUUAUGUUGGUGGGGAACAAGAGUGAUUUGAAGCACCUGCGAGCAGUACCGACCGACGAGGCGAAAACGUUUGCAUCGGAGAACGGUCUGUCUUUCAUUGAGACGUCAGCGCUGGACGCAUCAAACGUCGAAUCUGCUUUCCAGACCAUCUUGACAGAUAUCUACCGUAUUGUGUCGAGCAAAUCUCUGGAAUCAUCGUCAAACCCAGUCGAAGCUCCUGGUCCUAGCAUCAGCGUUGGCCCUAGCGUAGACACGAAUGCCCAGCAGGGAAGCAAAUGUUGUUAGAUGCAGUGUAUAGGGAGUUAUGAUUAAUGAUUCCGCUUUUCUGUGGCUAUUUUUCGACUUAGUGUAUAUACCUCUACCUUCUGCUAUAUUCCUAUUUUUUGUGGGUGAAAGCG